AUGGCGUUCAACAAGGUGGUCAAGAGCAGCUCUUACUACAGCCGCUUCCAAACAAAGUACAAGCGCCGUCGUGAGGGUAAGACCGACUACUACGCCCGCAAGCGUCUCAUCACCCAGGCCAAGAACAAGUACAACGCCCCCAAGUACCGCCUGGUCGUCCGCUUCACCAACCGCGACAUCAUCACCCAGAUUGUCACCUCCGAGAUUGCUGGUGACAAGGUUUUCGCUGCCGCCUACUCCCACGAGCUCAAGGCCUACGGCAUCGAGCACGGUCUUACCAACUGGGCUGCUGCCUACGCCACCGGUCUUCUUCUCGCCCGCCGUGUCCUGAAGAAGCUUGGUCUUGACGAGACCUUCACUGGUGUUGAGGAGCCCGAUGGAGAGUACACCUUGACUGAGGCUGCCGAGGAGGAUGGUGAGGAGCGACGACCCUUCAAGGCCUUCCUUGAUGUCGGUCUUGCCCGUACCUCCACUGGUGCCCGUGUCUUCGGUGUCAUGAAGGGUGCUUCCGACGGUGGUAUCCUCGUUCCCCACUCCGAGAACCGAUUCCCCGGUUUCGACAUGGAGUCUGAGGAACUUGACGCCGAGACCCUGAAGAAGUACAUCUACGGUGGUCACGUUGCCGAGUACAUGGAGACUCUCGCCGACGACGAUGAGGAGCGAUACAAGUCCCAGUUCCAGAAGUACCUCGACGACGACAUCGAGGCUGACGGUCUUGAGGAUCUCUAUACUGAGGCCCACGCCGCCAUCCGUGAGGACCCCUUCAAGAAGGCUGAGAGCGACGCCCCCAAGAAGACCAAGGAGGAGUGGAAGGCAGAGUCCAAGAAGUACAGGGCAGCUAAGUCCACCAAGGCCGAGAAGGAGGAGAGAGUUAAGGCUAAGAUUGCCGAGCUCCGCGAGGAAUAA